AGAUGUGACCAUCAUUUUAAUAAUUGACUGUAAUGUACAACGACACCGAUAAUUUAUAGCCUAGAAGCAAAAUCCCAGCUGUUUGAUUAUUGUUGACAGUAGAAGAAGAAUCAAUAAUGUCUCAUAACAAAAUUGACGUUUUUUUUUUUCCCCUCUUCUUCUAAAAUUAAUCUGCAUCCCCAUCUCAGUCCUGACUCUUGGUUCGGACUUUGUGAGCUGUUUCAGACCACAAUAACAAAAGUUAAAAAACGAUAACGCUGGUAUUGUGCUCCAGCAUCUACGUCAUUCUUCUUGCCCCGGAAAACAACAAACCCAAACACGUUGCGCUCGAAGCGGUGAGCGUGCGCUGACCCGGGAUCAGUCCGACCAGUGUUCACGCGCUUAGAAAUAAACCGAAGCAGUGACGUCACCACUGCACCGAAAUCAGCGCUUAUCAGUGUUCGACGCUGUUUAACCACGCCCACUCCUCAACCUUAAGGAGCAGAUAUAGAUUUUGAUGGACACGUUUUAUAACUACUGAAAGGACAGAGUUGCCCUAGCAACUCCACGGAAGAGCCAAUCAGGAUCGCUCUAGGGACGAUCUUCCUUUUUUUCCUUCUUGUUGAGAGGAGCUACAGUGUAAUCUUAGCAGAUCAACCUCAAUGCACCGAUGCGUCUGGGAAGCCAAAACAAAGCAGAUAAAGAAAUAAGAAUAAGUUUUGGACGCACAUAGAUCGUGUAAAGAGGUCAUGUAGUGUUGGUAGCGCGUCUUAUUUUAUGUUUCGAAAUUUAGUUCACAAGACUAUUAAGAGAUAAUAAUCAUCUGCCAAUGUUUUAGGAUGAUGUCGCUGUCGCAUAUUAGAGUCUUUAUUCCCAGUGAGCAUCAUCACUAAGAUCAGAACAAGCUGUACUCGUGUGUGUGUGCUGUGUGUGGGAAAUAAAGAGAGGUGUCAAGCUCAAUUAUUCAGCAACAACAUCUGGAGAUUGCGCUCGGAGGAAAGCGAGAUAGUGUGAGAUCAAAGAAAGAUCAAAGAAAGAUGAAAGAUGCCGCUCCAUACUGAGCCAUGGGAGUGAGCGCUCGGUGAAGAUGAGCCACAGGAGCAGUCCAGCUAAAGCGUAUGAUUUCCUGUUGAAAUUCCUGCUAGUGGGAGACAGUGAUGUGGGCAAGGGAGAGAUUUUGGCCAGUUUGCAGGACGGGGCUACAGAAUCUACUUAUGGAUAUAACAUGGGGAUUGACUGCAAAACCACCACCAUACUGCUUGAUGGGCGUAGAGUCAAACUGCAGCUUUGGGACACCUCUGGACAGGGACGUUUCUGCACCAUAUUCCGCUCGUACUCCAGAGGAGCACAGGGCGUUAUCCUUGUAUAUGACAUUACAAAUCGCUGGUCCUUUGAUGGUAUUGACAGAUGGAUUAAAGAGAUCGAUGAGCAUGCACCAGGAGUCCCUAAAAUCCUGGUUGGUAACCGACUGCACUUGGCCUACAAACGUCAGGUGACGACUGAAAAUGCCCAAGCCUUUGCUGAGCGGUUGGGUGUCACAUUUUUCGAAGUCAGCCCUUUGUGUAACUUCAACAUCACUGAGUCCUUCACAGAGUUGGCUCGCAUAGUACUAAUGCGGCACGGCAUGGAGAGACUCUGGAGACCUAACAAAGUGUUGAGUCUGCAGGAUCUGUGCUGCAGAUCCAUCGUCUCCUGCACCCCUGUGCACCUGGUAGACAAACUCCCUCUUCCUGUUGCCUUAAAGAGCCACCUGAAGUCCUUUUCCAUGGCCAACGGCCUCAACGCCCGCAUGAUGCACGGACGCUCAUACUCCGUCAUAGCCAGCAGCGGUGCGAAGAGGAACGGAACGAAGAAAUCCAAACUCAUCUACCCGCCCCUGAGCCCAUCACAGAGCUGUACGAGGACCACGUGCAAGAUAUCAUAGUCUAAUGACACAAUCUGCUCUCACAACAUCAACACACAGUUAGAGCUCACAGCUCAACAGGGUUUCACUGAAGAAAAAGAUGCUUCCCAGUGGCUAACAGUGUCCACGGUCGUAUCAUCUGAUACUUGGGAUGCGUCCUUCAUACUAUAUCUGAAUGUGAUUGCUGUAAGAGAUUGAACAGACCCAUGAAGAGGGAUUAGUGUCAAGCCAUUAUAUCUCCCCAUUGUUUAUAUAUGUACAGAAUAUUUCAUCCUGUUUGUAAUUGAGGGGAUAAACACAUAUUGGCACUGCAGUUUAGCUCUGACAGCAGAAGUGAUACUUAGCAUUACUGAACUCGAUGACUAAACAUGAUGACAGCAAAAGCAGUCCUGUUUUUAAAUCUCUCUUUUUAGAGUGGACCUAGUUGAUAAUGCCAGCUUGUUUUCUUACUCUUAUUCUAAUGCUCUUCAGGGUACACGCAUUGAAAGAACGUCAGUGUUGAGAAAUGCACCUCUUUGUAUUGUGUAUUUAAGUCAUGUUGUUUGAUACAAUGAUGUUAUUAUUCUUAAUUAUUGUAAUGCACAUAAACAUUGACCAGUAUUGUAAUAUUUUAUAUGGAGUGACACCAAAGACAUAGGAGUCUGAAGAAGCUUAUCAAUGCUAACACGUUUUGUUAUCAAUUCAACACUAAUAUUAAUAUCAAACACACUGCAGUACAACAGCAACUCCUAAUGAGCUAUCAGGUUUCUUCUUUUUAAUAAAAGUGUGUUACCUACCAGA